AUGGCUGCAACUAUCAAAGUGCUCCCCGAGGGAGCCGGCUGGGCCGUCGUUUGCGGCCUCGGUUUCUUCUUUGCUGCUUUCAUGGUCCUCCUUUCCUUCAUCCAGCAACGCUAUACCAACAGAUCCAUCAAGGACACAGAUGAAUUCGCCUCCGCCUCUCGAUCCGUCAAACCGGGCCUGGUCGCAGCGGGUAUCUGCUCUGCCUGGACUUGGUCGUCGACUCUCCUACAAUCCACCGCAGUUACUACAAAACUCGGGGUUUCGGGCGGCUACUGGUAUGCUGCUGGCGCAACCAUACAGAUCCUGUUAUGUUCAAUCAUGGCAUGCCAGAUCAAGCUGAACGCCCCGUUUUGCAGCACUUUCCUCGAAGUAUUGAAGGUACGAUGGGGCAAAUUGUCGCAUUGCAUUUUUCUUUUCUUCGCGCUCGCAACCAACUUGCUGGUCUCGUCCCAGCUGGUAGUUGGUGGAUCUGCCGUCGCUAGCACUCUUACCGGUAUCCCUACUCUGGCAGCCAUCUGGCUCAUCCCUCUCGGUGUUGCCUGCUACGUCCUUGUUGGAGGAAUGCGCGCUACUUUGCUUGCCGACUACACGCACACCGUGGGCCUUUUAAUCAUUAUUUUUUAUUUCUUUUUCAAGGUUUGGUGUACGUCGCCAACCAUCGGAAGCGUGACUGAAAUGGUCAAGCUUCUAUCAACAUCAAACACCAUUCAUGGUAAUGCUUUUGGUAGUCCUUUGACCUUCAGAAGUACACCCGGGCUUGUGUUCGGGGUGAUCAACGUAAUAGGGAAUUUAGGGACGGUCUUCUGCGAUCAGUCGUAUCACCAACGUUCGAUCAGUUCACGCCCAUCCUCAGCAGCUCGAGCUUUCCUCCUGGGAGGUUCGGCAUGGUUUGCGAUUCCUUUCCUGUUCUCCAUGACCAUGGGGCUGAGCGCAAGGGGCCUCCUGUUCUCCGGUGACCCGCUCAUGCCAGCCCUGAGUGCUGACGACAUCACUGCGGGUCUCUCUGCGCCAGCAGCGGGUGUCGCUUUGGCGGGAAGAGGUGGUGCUGUUGCUAUCCUGAUCAUCCUUUUCCUUGCUGUCACUUCAGCCUCAUCCGCCCAGCAAGUCGCUGUUGCGUCGGUGCUCACCUUCGAUGUGUACAAGCCCUACAUCAGGCCGAACGCAAGCAAGCGCGAAAUCUUCAUCAUGAGCCACGCCGGUGUGCUCAUCUGGGCCGUAGUAAUGUCUCUCUUUGGUACCAUUUUCCACUACGCCGGUAUCUCUCUUGGUUGGCUCUACCUGGCUCAGGGGAUCAUUAUCGCUCCCGCUGUCGUGCCCAUCUUCUGCGGUCUGGUUUGGAAGCGUACCAACAGGCUGGCAUGCAUUGUCGCCAUGAUGGUUGGUAUCCUGUGCGGUGUGGUAACAUGGCUCGUAACUGCAAGCUGCCUUUACAACCAAGUCUCGGUCGCUACUACAGGAAAAGACUAUCCCACCCUAGCUGGAAACGUGGUAUCCCUCGGAGUCUCUGCCAUCAUCACGGUCGUUGGCAGCUUGCUCCGUCCAGAGACGGAAGACCACUUUGUUCUGACACGUAGCAUUAACGCCCCGGAAGACGCUGUCGAGCGAAUGGCGGCCAACUCUGGACUCGCCUCUCCCAGUACGCCUGAUGCGGAAAAAUCUCCACUUGAGAGCGAGAAGGUAGCCUACACUCUCGAGACCAUUGACUACGUCAAAGCUGCUGGUCUGGAUGCCGACGAGCUUCGCAAGACUCUGCGAUUCACCAGCUGGGUCAGCGUAGCGGCUUGCUUCACGCUUUGCGUUCUGAUCCCAGCUUGCCUUGCAUCGCGAAAGGUUUGGAACUCAACCGGCUUGGCGGCUUAUAUCUGGCUCGGAUUCAUCUGGCUACUAUGGACGACGCUAGCGGUGGGCGUUCUGCCUAUCUGGGAGUCGAGACAUGAGCUUGCCGACAUCUUGAGAGGUAUUGGAAAGGACAUUGUCGGUAAGAACGGCAAGGUCGAGAAGGAAACCGCAAACACUUCUCUGUAG